AUGCAGUUUGCAAAACCUUCAGAAUGGCAGAACACAACAGACAUCAAGGAGUUUAUCCUCCUUGGAUUUGGGAACUCUAAGGACUUGAACGUUCUUCUCUUCAUGUUAUUUAUAAUCAUGUAUACUGUGACUUUAUCUGGGAAUCUUCUCAUCAUUGUACUGGUUGUGACAGAGAAGCAUAUCCACACCCCUAUGUACUUCUUUCUAUCAAAUCUCUCCUGUUUGGAGAUCUCCUACACCUCAGCUAUAUUACCCAAAAUUAUGGCCAAUUGUCUUGCAGACACAAAGACAAUUUCUUUUUGGGGCUGUAUAUUACAAAUGCAAUUCUUUUUCAUUCCAGGAGCUACUGAGUGUUACCUCUUGGCAGCAAUGUCAUAUGAUCGUUACCUAGCCAUAUGUAGACCCUUGCAUUAUGGCACACUUAUGAAUGACAAAACAUGUAUCUUGCUAGUUUUGAUGUCAUGGCUUAUAGCAUUUCUGCUUAUUGCAGUUUUGACAUCCUUGUUGGCACAACUUACAUUCUGCGAUCAAUACAAAAUUGACCAUUUCUUUUGUGAUUUCACACCCUUGGUACGACUUUCCUGCAAUGACACUUGGGUGAUUGAAAGUGCUGCUUUGAUAACCUCAUCUAUAGCCAUUUUACCUACAUUUUUCAUAACUGUCUCAUCUUACACUUUUAUUAUCCGAGCAAUUCUGAAAAUCCCAUCUGUGGAUGGGAGACAAAAGGCAUUUUCCACCUGUUCUUCCCAUCUCACUGUGGUCUCCAUUUUCUAUGGAUCCUUAAUGUUUGUCUACAUUUUGCCAACCACUGGAAAAUUCAAAGAUAUGAAAAAGGGCUUCUCUUUCCUUUAUUCAGUUCUUACCCCCAUGAUCAAUCCCUUCAUUUAUUGCCUAAGAAACAAAGAAAUAAAGGAAACCCUUAGAAAACAAUUUCUCAAAUUUGGAAGAUUUUCUGAACCUUUUUAA